UUCGUUUCUUGAGAACAAUACAUACAUUUUGAUACAGAUGAACACCGGAAAUUUCCCAGCAGUCAAGCCGCAGCAUAUCCUACAAGCCACCAUGGAUUCAGAACCGGAUAUGGAAGGUGAUAGGCAAAAUGAUGGGGGUAAAUAUGAGCUGAAGAAAUUGCUUUUUAGACAUGCGUUUAUCAACGAAUAUGGAGUGAGAAUUCAUUUCAUGGGGAACCUGAAGCUUCUUGACGAGCCGGUUAGAGUUGCAGCUGAGAAGGCGAUGCAAGUCACUGCCAAAAACACCAAGAGCAGUCUCCUUAUCUGUGUGGCCUACACUUCUACUGAUGAGAUCGUGCACGCCAUUCAAGCAUCCUGCCAAGAGAAAUGGAACGAAAUCCAAGAACUAAAUGCGAACCAAUCUCAAAAUGCAGAAAUAACUGACAAAAAAAUGCAGCUAGAUCAUGUCAUAAAGCUGGAAGAUAUAGAGAGGUUUACAUACACGGGAUUGGCACCUGAUCCUGAUGUUCUGAUCCGAACUUCAGGUGUGUCUCACAUUAGCAAUUUCCUUAAUUGGCAGACUACAAACUGCAUGCCCCAAAGGUAUAGUUUCCUGAUUUUGGUUUACGACACUUGGUAUGGGAAGUGUUGGAACUUCCAGCGACUGUAUACUAAUUUGGAGAAGGAAAAGAAGUUGUAAACUCAUUGCUAUUAUGAGUCGUUUACAUGAAUUUUACCGUGUUUUUCCUCAGAUCAGUAGUUGCAAUUAUUCAACAUUGCUAAUGUCCACAAUGCUUCAAAGGAAAUAUCAUUGACUCUCUGAUAUUAAGGAUGAUCAGUCAUUCUUUCAAAAUUAUAGAGUAAGCUCUGGUUGUUCCUUUAAUUACAUUUUUUUUUUA